UGUGUCUGUGGCUGUGGCAUAUAAUUCAUCGCUUCGACCAACGGACACAAGCCGCAUCAGGACAAGCAUUAAAAAAAUAUCAAGGCAUAUUCUCCCUGUAAAAGAGACAUUUUAGCACGACGGAAUCCUGGGCCACAUAACGUUUGACCGGAACCGACGGGAUAUUCCCUUCAUUCGCGUUGGGAAGUUUCUUCCCUCCUUCCUCCUCCAACGUACUUCCACUGAAAGUUAUCUCUUUUCGUCCUUCUCCCGCCGUACUUUUCCGCCCCAACUACUCCAAGUUACCUCCGCGGUUAAAAUAGCGCGCUACUUGGCUAUAUAUGGAGGCGAUAUGGAACGGAGGGUUAUUGAGAUGAGCAAUUAGUGUGUUUGGUCUACAAGAGUGUUAGCGUUGUGUGAGAAUCGCGUCGAUUACAGAGAGACAUUUUUAUAUACAUAAUCUGAGAGAAGAGAGAGGAGAGAUUUGCAGAGUAGCUCUGGAGGGGUUUGCAAGGAUCUGGUUGAGGUCGAGGAGUUGGAUAGCGGAAAAAAAGUCUACUCAAGGAGAAACCCGGUCUGUCAAGUUGUGGCAUCACGGCUAUUAAACGUAUUUUGCGAUUCUGUCUCGAUGACAGGUGGAAUAUACGAAGCAAGAACGCAGCGAGUGCACUAGAGGGAAGUCCUACGGCACACGGUGGGAGGGGAGCUCUGCCCUCUGAAGGCGGCAGCCCUUCUGAUCUUCUCUUUCUCGCCGGCGGCGGCCUUUUCCUUUCCCUUUCCCGCCCCUUCUUUCUUCCGCUUUCACCGGGAAGAAGAAUUUGGGAGGAGUAGGGCUUUUUUCUUGUUUAUACUGUUAUCUAGAUUAUCGUUGUCGUCAUCGUCAUGUUGACCAUAAAGAGGUGCCCGACUGUUGUUUCGCUCCACCAAGAGGGGUCGGAAGGGCUUGGAUGCGGCCGCAACUGUUUAGGCCAAUGCUGUGUUCCAGGGUCAAAGUUGCCCUUGUAUACUUUCAAAAGAAGGGAAACCCUUCUUACUGGUGAAAAGAAUGCAGAGGACAAUGUCCCAGGAGACGACGUUUCUUUCCUUGAUUCUCUGCUUCUUGGACAGUGGGAAGACAGGAUGGGGAAGGGUCUGUUCCGCUAUGAUGUUACCACCUGUGAAACCAAGGUUAUUCCUGGCAAAAGUGGCUUCAUUGCUCAGUUGAAUGAAGGACGCCAUCUUAAAAAGCGUCCCACUGAAUUUCGAGUUGAUAAGGUGCUGCAGCCUUUUGAUCCCAAGAAAUUCAACUUCACUAAAGUAGGCCAGGAAGAGGUGCUUUUCCGUUUUGAAGAGAGCGAAGAAGAUAAAGUUCAGUAUUUUGGCAAAGCCCCGGUCUUGGACAGUCCCAAUGUUAUUGCUAUCAAUGUGAGUCCAAUUGAAUAUGGACAUGUGCUCCUUGUUCCUCGAGUGCUGGAUUGCUUGCCUCAGCGCAUCGACCCUGAUAGCUUUCUCUUAGCUAUGCACAUGGCUGCUGAAGCUGGCAGCCCAUCUUUUCGUCUUGGGUACAACAGCUUGGGGGCUUUCGCUACCAUCAAUCAUCUGCACUUCCAGGCUUAUUACAUGGCCCUGCCUUUCCCUGUGGAGAAAGCACCCACAAAAAGAGUUCCAUGGAAGUCAGAAAAAAGUGGGGUGAAGAUUUUUGAGCUCUGCAAUUAUCCUGUGAGGGGCCUGGUUUUUGAAGGAGGUAAUAAGUUGGAGGACCUCUCUGAUGCUGUUGCCAACUCUUGUAUCUGCCUUCAAGAGAACAAUAUUCCCUAUAACAUACUAAUAGCUGAUUGCGGCAAACGAGUUUUUAUGUUUCCUCAGUGCUAUGCAGAAAGACAGGCUUUAGGCGAAGUGGAGCAGGAGAUAUUAGAUACUCAAGUCAAUCCCGCUGUGUGGGAAAUCAGCGGACACAUGGUCUUGAAGAGGAAGGAAGAUUUUGAAAGGGCUUCCGAUGACUAUGCAUGGAGACUACUCGCUGAAGUCUCGCUGUCAGAAGAAAGAUUUGAAGAAGUCAAAGCUUAUAUCUUGGAAGCAGCAGGCAGUGAAAAGGUGCCACAAGAAGAAGAAGAAGAAAACGCAGUUCAUGAAGCAGCACAUAUGGUGGAAGAUGAGGUUACUGUGUUCCAGUCAGUGGAGAAAAAUCGUAAUGAUCCCAUGCGAGUGACUGAAGGAUGCCUUGUGCUUCAGUAAUAUAACUGUGAUAUGAUAUUACAGUAGCUUGUUUGCCUGCCAUAGAUUGCAAAUAAUUUAUUCUCCUAUUUGCUAAAUAGGAUGAUAUUUCUGGCAGCUCCAUGGUACGAUAUUAAGUAGCUAUUUGCCUUUCGAGUAUUGCAAAUACCUGUUCUUUUGCGGUAUUUGUUGCAAAUUAUAUUAUGUGUGUACUUUUAUGGACAAAUUGGCAUUUGGACACAAGUGCUAUUAGCCUAUUUGUGUGAGCUCGAACUUGAUUUUCUAAUUGGAUAUAAGCUUUUUCA